AUUUAAUUGUAUGGGGAUAUGUCUGUCGUCUCCGUCGUUUGGCAAAAGUCGUUUGUCUUUCCAUCACCAAAACUAAAAUUGGCAAGAACCAAGAAAGGAAAAUGCAGCUCUUGUUAGUUUCCAAGCUGACUCUGUUCGUCCUAGCCGUGGCAGCGGCAGUAUUUGACCAACCACAACCUUCCCUUGCCGUCGCGUCCUCUUGCAGAUCCUUUUGCGGCAAUGUUCCAAUAAAAUACCCAUUUGGCAUAGACGACGGCUGCGGGGCGCCGCAGUUCAGGAACAUGCUCAACUGCUCAACCGAGCUCUUCUUCCUGACUCCUUCAGGGACCUACAAGGUCCAGAAAAUCGACUACGACAAGCAGACCCUUGUCAUCUACGAUCCCGCCAUGUCCACCUGCUCCAUUUUACAGCCCCACCACGACUUUCUCAUGACCGACAUUCAGUCCGUCCUCAUCCCUCCGUCGCCGGACACCGUUUUCGCUCUUAUGAACUGCUCUAUAGACUCCCCCGUGCUCAACCACUACAAAGACCGCUGCUUCAACUUCUCCGGCCAUUCCUGCGAGGAGCUUUACGGGGCGUGUACCGCUUUCAGGCUUUUCCAUUUGGUGAGUAACAGCACCUCGCCGCCGUGUUGUUUCACAGGGUACGAUACGGUUAAGUUCAUGAGCAUGAAUAUUUUGGACUGUACGCAUUACACGACGGUGAUUGACGUUGAUGGUCUCAAGGGCGUGGGGCCGGUGGACUGGGUUUACGGGAUCAAGCUUGUUUACGCUCUGCCCGAAACUGGGUGUGAAAGGUGUAAGCUUUCCGGUGGAACCUGUGGGUUUGACACUGAAACUGAAGCGAUGCUUUGUGUUUGCUCUGCCUCCAUUAAUGCUACUAGAGAAUGCGCUGCAGGUAGUGUUGGGGAUCUAGGAGGAGGCAGCAGGCGGAGGACAUUAUUUCAUGCAUUUUUCCUGCUUCUCUGGUUUCCAUUUGUUUACAUCAUCUCAAGAUAGUACUGAACUUAUUAUUCUUGUUCCC